AUGCUGGCGACGUUCAUGGUCAGCACCGAGCUCGAAAACCUAGGUCGCUAUCUGGCUGCCUCAGAAGGGGGAAUUCGGCAAUUAGACAAGAAAAUCUCAAGCGGUAGCGAAAUAGACAUCGGAGGCCUAUUGCCCAUCCUCGCCCCCGCCGUCGUCGUAACCCAACAGCAGUGGCCCGGAGCUCUCGCUGACUCAUCGGGCCGGAGCACGAGAAAGAGCACCCGACUCGUCCUCGUCGAGAUCCUUUCCUUAGUCGUCGCCGCCGUUUUGAUCUCGGCGUUGAAGGUGAUGUUGAGUGGCAAGUGA